UGUGUAAUCCCUACAUCUCUGUGCUUUCUGCUGUGCUGCAGGUGGCUGCUGUGGCUCUGAUGUAAAGCAGUAUGUAUAUGGAGGCUGGGCCUGGGCUUGGUGGUGCAUUACUGACACCCAAAGACUGUCUUUGGAGGUUAUGACCAUCCUCUGUCGCUGUGAGAAUAUUGAGACGUCGGAGGGGGUCCCACUGUACGUAACAGGGGUUGCACAGGUGAAGAUAAUGACCGAGAAGGAGCUCCUGGCUGUGGCCUGUGAGCAAUUCUUGGGGAAGAACGUGCAGGAUGUGAAGAACGUGGUUCUUCAGACGCUGGAGGGGCAUCUGCGCUCCAUCCUAGGUACCCUGACAGUGGAGCAGAUCUACCAGGACAGGGAUCAGUUUGCCAAGCUGGUGCGGGAGGUGGCAGCUCCCGACGUGGGUCGCAUGGGUAUCGAGAUCCUGAGCUUCACCAUCAAGGAUGUCUAUGAUAAAGUGGAUUACCUGAGCUCCCUGGGAAAGACUCAGACUGCGGCUGUCCGAAGGGAUGCAGACAUUGGUGUGGCAGAAGCCGAGCGAGAUGCUGGCAUUCGGGAGGCAGAGUGCAAGAAAGAAAUGCUGGAUGUCAAGUUCAUGGCAGAUACCAAAAUAGCAGAUUCCAGACGGGCUUUUGAAUUGCAGAAGGCUGCCUUCAGUGAGGAGGUCAACAUUAAGACUGCAGAGGCCCAGCUGGCCUAUGAGCUCCAGAGUGCCCGGGAGCAGCAGAAGAUCCGCCAAGAGGAAAUUGAAAUUGAGGUGGUGCAGCGCAAGAAGCAGAUCGACGUCGAAGAGAAGGAGAUCAUCCGGAUGGAGAAGGAGCUGAUAGCCACUGUGAAGCGGCCGGCCGAGGCCGAAGCCUACCGUAUCCAGCAGAUCGCCGAGGGCGAGAAGGUGAAGCAAGUCCUCCUUGCUCAGGCGGAGGCAGAAAAGAUCCGCAAGAUCGGAGAAGCGGAGGCUUUUGUGAUCGAGGCCAUCGGGAUGGCAGAGGCUGAGAGGAUGAAGCUGAAGGCUGAAGCGCUCCAGCAGUACGGAGACGCUGCCCAGCUGGCUCUAGUGCUGGACGCACUGCCUGAGAUUGCGGCCAAAGUGGCUGCUCCCCUCUCCAAAGUGGAUGAGAUUGUUAUUCUCAGUGGAGAGAGCAGCAACACAACAUCCGAGGUGACCCGUCUGCUGGCCGAGAUCCCCGCCUCCGUGCGUGCCGUCACUGGCGUGGAUCUCACAAAGAUUCCCCUGAUCCAGAAAGUCACCGGGGCCCAGGCGUGAGGCUGGCUAACCCAAACCUAGUGAAGAUCACUCCCUCUUAUGCACUCAGACAUCAACUGCCUUCAACACGUGGGAAUUCCUUUUAUAUCAAAGACAAUUGGAGUUUUAUUUUU